CCUCCUGAUGCCUUGGAGUGAGCCCGUAGUCCGGUGGCUCCCACAACCCCGUCCUGCCUCUAAAAAUAUCUCAGAGACCAUCAACUUGGACUCUCUCCCUCAAGAACUAUCCAACUUGGCCAACCUUCUAUACUGGCCUCCAACUGGUGGACACGGGGAUCACUUUUUGGACUCUACCAGCCCUAAAACCUCCUCCUACCACUUGAAGGGUCCUGCCCAGGCCAACUAUACUCUGGGAAGUAACCUAGAGGCCAUCCUGGUGGCUAGGGAUCACUGGGGUAGGCCCAAGGCUCACGGAGGAGAUCUCUUUCGGGCACAGCUGCUGGGCCCAGAAUUGAGAGCAGGAGUCCCAGGGGAGGUGAAGGAUCUGGAGAAUGGCACUUACCUCUUGUCCUUCCCUCUGCUCUGGGCUGGCUGGGCCCGGGUGCAAGUGCGGCUGAUCCACUCCAGCGAGGCAGUUGGGGUCCUGCAAAGAGUCUGGAGAGGAAAACGAGCCACUGUUGAUUUCAGAGGGUAUUUCCGAGGAACAGAUGGUUCUCAAGAGACUGUCAUCUGUAACGUGGACCCCCAGUCAACUGGAGCCAAAGGGCCUACCUGCGAGUACAAGGAUGUGGUUUCUGGGGAGAUCUGGUUCUGUGCUCAACCCCCUACUUUGCAGUGCAAUGCUUUAGUGGGUCACUCAAGUGGAAGUUAUCUGAAGGUGACCACAUCACAUGAUGAAGCCCUGCUGGCUAGGAACGUGACUGACCAGAAACUCCCUUCAGGAAUACCUCCAAUCCUGGUCCUACCAGAAGCCCGGGGGAACGUGAGUAACUUGGCCUUGCCCUCAAGACCCCCAUGCCACCCUGGUCACCUGUCUCCAAAACCCUCCGGCUUCUACCACCAAGACAGAUGGCACUCAACAUUCUGUUCUAGCCGCUCUUUCCCCACUGUGGACAGCAUCCUGAACUGCCUGGCUGGCCGCAUUGUCUACAUGAUGGGGGAUUCCACACUUCGGCAGUGGUGGGAGUAUCUGCGAGACACAGUGCCCUCCCUGAAGCCAGUUGAUCUACAUGUCACUUAUCAGGUAGGUCCCCUGAUGGCCGUGGAGACAACUCGGGGGACAGUGUUGCACUGGAGGGCCCACAGCUGGCCCCUGCGAGCUCUCCGCACCCCAGUGGCCUCCCUGCACUCUGUGGCCAGAGAACUACACGGCCUGGCUGGGGGACCAUACACAGUGGUGGUGCUGGGCAUGGGAGCCCACUUUACCACGUUCCCUCCCUCCAUCUUUGCACGAAGACUGGCAGGGAUCCGGGCAGCUGUGAAGGCCCUGCUGGACCGGGAACCCAGAACUCUAGUCGUCAUCAAACUGGCCAAUACUGGCUACAAAUCUGUGUAUGGCAGUGACUGGCUCACACUGCAGGUGAACCGCUUGCUCCGCGCUGCCUUCGCUGGUCUCCAAGUGGCCUUUGUGGAUGCGUGGGAAAUGACCUCCAGCCUGGAUGUGCCAGAUAACAUCCACCCAAGGAAGCUUAUUGUUCGAAAUGAAGUGGAAUUAUUUCUGUCCUUCAUCUGUCCCACCUGAGU